AUGACAGAAGAGAUUGACACAGAUUCGCUCGUUGCCAUCGUUCGCGCCAUGUCUUCUUCGAGCCUGCCAGAGGAACAAGUUUUGGAUGCCCUAGCCAUUUGUAAUGGAGACCCCACUGCCGCUGCUCAGCAUCUUACCAAGAAACGGAAACGCGCCGGUUUGGAUGGCUGGUUGAAGCCGGGAACGGUGACCACCUCCCAAAAGCGCAAAGCUGAGCUACCUGUUCCUCCAAUCGCGUCCACCUUGCGUCAUUCCUCCCGACCUCCAUCUUCCAAGUCUAGCGCCAGCCCCAAGCCCGCCGUUGACCUGAUGUCUGUUCUUCAACAAGCACCGGAAAUGCACAAAAGCGUGCUAAAACUCCCUCCUUUACUUUUAUCCAGCCCGGCAAUGGUGGCAAAACAUAUUCCUUGUGUUACUCUGCAUCCUUCGGUCUUGCCGCAAGAACUUGCUUGUCGCCUGUUUUAUACGAUGAUUGACCAUGCUCGUGAUCAUAAUUGGAGCCGUAACAAAUGGUGGUUAUUCGAUAGGGUGGUCGAGUCACCCCAUCGAACUAAUUUCUUUGCGAGAAGGACGAAUGGGCUGGACGACAAUCAUCAGUGGCAAGAGGCAGCACAAUACUGGCAAGUUUCCGAUCCUGUUCAAUCCCUACACUACUUGAAUUCGUCAGAAAUGGAGGAGGCCUGCUGUGUUAUAGAGCGUGUUGUCAAUGACGAGCUUCGAAAGCGGCCUCGGUUCCCCCUUGAAUGGGCGGGCAGCUCAAAGGACGAUCCAGGUUGGAGAGCAAAUGUUGCUGCAUCUAAUUGUUACGAUGGAGGAAAAGAAGGAGUACAUCCUUUCAGUUUGUCUGCUUACACUUUCGCUGACAUUCAAAAGCAUCUCUUAGUCUUGGCAGGAACCUCCCGACGAUUUCGACUGAGAGAAAUCAUUCCAAACGCUGAAGCUGAAUCGCGACAUGCUCGAACGUUUAAUAUUCCUGUCACCCACAACUCUUUGACCAUAAUGCACGCUAGCUGCCAGGAAAAAUUCAAACAUUGUGUCCCUCAAGAGAAUGCCAUUGACGCCUUCCGACCACCACUUCCACGCUUUCCGGGCGGCCCAGUUGAACCUUCUAAUAUUCGUAUCAACAUCACCUUCCGAUUUUAUCGACCAGAUUUCCGACCCGACAGUAUACCCCGUUGUAAAUGCGACAUUCCGAUGAUACUUCGACCUGACAUGAAGAACCAUGUCGAUGGUAUCACAGACAAGUAUUGGUGGGCUUGCUCUGGCGGCGCACAAAACGAUGGCAAAACUUGUAGCCUUUGGCAACUGUUUGAUAUGUCAAAGGAAGGUAGGGGUCCGGUUGUAGCUGAUGCCCAAGGCCCUUGA